AUGGCGGAGGUGACGAGGGUGUUGAGGGAGAUGCAGCUGGGCAAUGAUGGGGGCUUGGUGCCAGCGAGUGGUUUGGUUCCCCUCUGCACGAGGCGCCGCACCAAGCUCGCGAAGGAUGAUUCGGCGGCCGUCGGCGGCUUCGUUGGUGAGAUCGGCGCCACCAACAAGGCCUUCGGCGAGAUCGGCGUCGGGAAGGCUGAGCGUAAGGUGGCGGUUGCGGGGAACAAGGAGGCGACCGGGACAGGCAUGACGAAGGCGGCAUCCUGGAGUGACUUCGGGACCUGCGGCACCAACCUGGCGGGGAACAAGCCGGCGGCCAAGGCGGAGGGCAAGCCCGAUCCGUCGUGGCCAAGUUGCCAAGUUGGAGGCCAAGCGUCAGGCGGCGACGCUGAGCCGUGGCAAAUGGCGAGGGCAAGCGCCUGCCCUCAGCAAAGGAGGAGGGCAAGCCCGAGGAGGUGGCCAUGGUGA